AUGAGGCCCGACGCCGUGGCCUGGGCCAAUCUCACCAACGCCAUUCACGAGACAGGGUGGGCCUUUCUGGAGCUGCACACCAAUGGCCACUACAAUGACAGCCUGCAGGCCUACGCGGCGGGCGUGGUGGAGGCCGCCGUGACCGAGGAGCUCAUCUAUAUGCACUGGAUGAACACGGUGGUGAACUACUGCGGCCCCUUCGAGUACGAGGUCGGUUACUGCGAGAGGCUCAAGGGCUUCCUGGAAGCCAACCUGGAGUGGAUGCAGAGGCAGGUGGAGCUGAACAAGGACUCCACCUACUGGCACCAGGUGCGGCUGACCCUCCUGCAGCUGAAGGGCCUAGAGGACAGCUAUGAAGGCAGCGUGGCCUUCCCGACAGGGAAGUUCACCAUCAAACCCUUGGGCUUCCUCCUGUUGCAGAUCUCUGGGGACCUGGAGGACCUAGAGCUGGCCCUGAAUAAGACCAAGACCAAGCACACUUUGGGCUCUGGCUCCUGCUCCGCCCUCAUCAAGCUGCUGCCCGGCCACAGUGACCUCCUGGUCGCCCACAAUACCUGGAACUCCUACCAGAACAUGUUGCGCAUCAUCAAGAAGUACUGGUUCCAGUUCCAAGAAGGCCCCCAAGAGGAUUCUCCCCUGGCUCCUGGCAACAAGCUGGUCUUCUCGUCCUACCCCGGCACCAUCUUCUCCUGUGAUGACUUCUACGUCCUGAGCAGCGGGCUGGUGACCCUGGAGACCACCAUCGGCAACAGGAACCCGUCCCUGUGGAAGUUGGUGCAGCCCCAGGACUGCGUGAUGGAGUGGGUGCGCAACAUCGUGGCCAACCGCCUGGCCUCGGACGGGGACACCUGGGCAGAGACCUUCAAGAGGUUCAACAGCGGAACGUACAACAACCAGUGGAUGAUCGUGGACUACAAGGCGUUCGUGCCGGGUGGGCCCAGCCCUGGGAGCAGGGUGCUCACCAUCCUGGAGCAGAUCCCGGGCAUGGUGGUGGUGGCCGACAAGACCGCGGAGCUCUACGAGAAGACCUACUGGGCCAGCUACAACAUACCGUCCUUCGAGUCCGUGUUCAACGCCAGUGGGCUGCCGGGCCUGGUGGCCCAGUACGGGGACUGGUUCUCCUACGACAGGAACCCUCGGGCCCAGAUCUUCCGGCGGAACCAGUCGCUGGUGCACGACGUGGACUCCAUGAUCCAGCUGAUGAGGUACAAUGACUUCCUGCACGACCCCCUGUCACUGUGCAAGGCCUGCAGGCCGCAGCCCAACGGGGAGAACGCCAUCUCGGCGCGCUCCGACCUCAACCCGGCCAACGGCUCCUACCCGUUCCAGGCGCUGCAGCAGCGCUCCCACGGGGGCAUCGAUGCCAAGGUGACCAGCAUGGCCCUGGCCAAGGCCUUGCGCCUGGUGGCAGCCAGUGGCCCCACGUGGGACCAGGUGCCCCCUUUCCAGUGGAGCACCUCGCCCUUCGGCGGCCUGCUGCACAUGGGCCAGCCCGACCUCUGGAAGUUCUUGCCCGUCAAGGUCUCGUGGGACUGAGGCCGCCUCUGCCGCCGCCGUGACCUCCUGCCCGGUCCGUCUGUGGCCUUUGCCCCCUGUUGUGCCCAGAGCGGGGACCCGGGUCUGCCAGGUUCAUGCUCAUCUGGGCACCUCCUCCUGGGUGGGGCGCGGGACUGAGUCCCUCUCAGGAGUGGGUGAGUGCCAUUCUGCCUCCUCCGCCUCUGCCUCUGUCUUCUUCUUUUCCCUGUUCUCUCUCUGUUCUCUCUGCUUCUCUCCCCUCCUCCCCCCCUCGUGCUGCCCCUGCGGAGGGACCAGGUCUUGGGGGCCCCGUGGGUUUCAGCCCCAAGGCCUGGGUGUUCCCUGUGGCUGGCGCCGAUCCCCGCCCCAGCUCCCCGCCCCCUCGGGAAACAGCCGUGUCCCCACUGGACAGCUUCCUCCAGGACGGAAACGAACACAAACACAAACAAACCAAAGUUCCUGGCGACUAUGGCUGAGGCCCGAGGGUCCUCUCUCCAGGACCAGGCAGGAGUGUCACGCCUGCUCCAGCCUCAUGCCCCGCCCCAACGUGGGCGUGCCCCUGGCCUCAGGCAGUGCCCACGGUUCCCCUGCUGCAGGUACCAACUCGCAGGCUGUGAUGAUUAAAUGAGAGAGGCCGUGCCCUGUGCUGUGCUUUUGGGCAGUGGGGAAGGCUGGGUCCGUGCCUUUUCUCAAGACUGGGA